CAUAAAUGACAAUAGGUUUCACCGUCGGCCUUGAAUUCUGUCCGGCGAGUCGCGUGAUUUUCCGGCCAACAUUCCCGUUCGUGAGUGUGGAUACGACGUCGUCGCCGUCGCCGGAGUCUGGCACCGUUUCUGAACUUCUUCUAGAAUCUUCCGUCGCAAGCUUUGAUUCACUCCAAUUGACUUGACUUGUUACCGUAAUUAUGGAGGCUAUUCCAAAGGGAACCAUUCAUAUAGAAGAAUCACUGCAACUAAGUUGCGAAGACAAUGCAAAAGCGGUCAAAAACAAGAAGUCGGGUGGUUGGGGUCCUGCAGCUCUUCUGCUAUUGAAUCAAGGACUUGCAACUCUGGCUUUCUUCGGUGUCGGGGUGAAUUUAGUAUUAUUCUUAACUCGGGUCCUUGGUCAAGACAAUGCAUCGGCUGCUAACAACGUUAGUAAAUGGACGGGGACUGUUUACCUAUGCUCUUUAGUUGGCGCAUUUCUUAGCGAUUCGUAUUGGGGGCGAUACCUUACUUGCGCUCUUUUUCAAGUUAUAUUUGUCAUGGGCCUGCUGCUCAUAUCUUUAUCGUCUUGGUUUAUGUUACUCGAGCCGAGAAACUGUGGCGACGGCACGAUAACCUGCAAGCCGAGUACUUCAUCAGGUUCGGCCAUAUUCUACUUGGCGAUAUAUAUGGUAGCUUUUGGCUAUGGCGGUCACCAGCCCACUUUAGCGACUUUGGGAGCGGAUCAAUUCGAAGAGUUGAUCCCUAAACAUAGGAAUUCGAAAUUGGGUUUCUUUAGCCUUUUCUACUUCUCACUCAAUGCUGGUUCUUUGUUUUCGAAUACCAUAUUGGUUUACUUCGAAGAUACCGGGAAAUGGACACUUGGUUUCUGGUUAGCCACCGGCUCUGCUGUUCUGGCAUUGAUUGCAUUCUUGCUCGGCUCCUCUAGAUACCGGUAUGUCGAAGCAUCGGGGAACCCGAUACCACGUGUUAUGCAAGUGUUCGUCGCGGCAUUCAGGAAGUGGAAUGUGACUCGUAUGGAAGGCGAGUCGUUGUACGAGGUUGAGGGGUUCGAAUCCGCCAUUCAAGGAAGCCGGAAAAUCAACCACAGCGACGAAUUCGCGUUUCUCGACAAGGCCGCAGUAGUAACAGAGGAAGACCGCUUCCCACCAAAUCCAUGGCGACUCUGCACCAUAACCCAAGUCGAGGAAGUCAAAUGCCUCUUCCGAAUGCUCCCAAUAUGGCUAUGCACCAUCACAUACUCCCUAGUCUUCUCCCAAAUGGCCUCCGUCUUCGUCGAGCAAGGCGAUGUCAUGAAUUCUGACGUCGGAAAAUUCCACAUUCCGGCCGCCAGCAUGUCCGCCUUCGACAUCUGCAGCGUCCUCAUCUUCACCGGCAUCUACCGCCAGAUCAUCACCCCUAUAGCUAAAAGGCUCACCGGCAACCCCCGGGGCCUAACAGAGCUCCAACGCAUGGGCAUCGGAAUAAUCAUUUCGAUGCACGCCAUGGUCGCCGCCGGCGUAACGGAAAUGGAGAGACUCAAGAGGGUAAUUCCGGGAGUCCGCGUCAGUCCGAUGAGUAUAUUCUGGCAAAUCCCUCAGUACGUGCUGGUCGGAGCGUCGGAGGUUUUUAUGUACGUCGGGCAAUUGGAGUUCUUCAACGGCCAAGCUCCCGACGGGAUCAAGAGCUUCGGGAGCUCGCUGUGCAUGGCGUCGAUUUCGCUCGGGAACUUCGUGAGCAGCAUGUUGGUUAAUGUUGUGAUGAGGAUCACGACGGGAGGCAAUCGGCUUGGCUGGAUACCGGAAAAUUUGAAUCUCGGACAUAUGGAUCGAUUCUACUUUCUGAUCGCGGCGCUCACAGCCGUCGAUUUUGUUGUUUAUGUGUUUGCUGCCCGGUGGUAUAAGGCUAUAAACUUUGAAGAGAGUUCUCAUUCUUUGAGCACGAACGAAGAAGAGGGUUGAGUUUGAAAAUCUUGUUUGAUUUGUCUAUGGCUUUUCUUUGU